CCGGCCCGGUGACCCCGGAGUGAGGGGCGGGGGGGGGAGGCUCAGUGCAAAGUGUCCCCACAACCCCCCCCGCAACGGCUGGGUCUGCGGCUCCCCCCGGCCCUGCGCGCUGCCCGGGGGGGGAGCCGUCGGGGCCGGCGCCGCCUCACCGCAUCGCAGGUGCGAGCUGCCUCGGCGGAGGAGCCCGGGAGCCCGAAGGGGAUGGGAGACCCAGGAGCUGCGCUCGCUGCUAAGGAGUAGCAGACUGUUUGACAUGUUGUAUGGGCACACAAGAUUGUGUAAUGAAGACAAUGAAGAGUGGAACACACAUCAAAAAGUGACAGCUUCCUGUAAGGUGAAUAGUAUGACCUCAUGACACUCUUGUAAGAGUCAGAGUCAGCUAGGAUGUUACACCAUCACUGUCGGAGGAACCCUGAACUACAGGAAGAGUUACAGAUUCAGGCUGCAGUAGCUGCUGGGGAUGUUCACACCGUGCGCAAGAUGUUGGAACAAGGCUAUUCUCCAAACGGUCGAGAUGCCAAUGGUUGGACCUUGCUUCAUUUCUCUGCAGCAAGAGGAAAAGAAAGAUGUGUUCGGGUUUUUCUGGAGCACGGUGCUGAUCCCACAGUUAAGGACUUAAUUGGAGGCUUCACUGCUCUACAUUAUGCAGCCAUGCAUGGCCGAGCAAGGAUUGCACGCUUGAUGCUGGAAUCUGAGUAUAGAAGUGACAUUAUCAAUGCAAAAAGCAAUGAUGGUUGGACUCCCCUCCACGUAGCAGCCCACUAUGGCAGAGACUCAUUUGUCAGACUCCUGCUGGAGUUCAAGGCGGAGGUUGAUCCACUCAGUGAUAAAGGUACUACACCGCUUCAACUGGCCAUUAUUCGUGAGAGGUCAAGCUGCGUGAAAAUCCUUCUGGAUCACAAUGCCAACAUCGACAUUCAGAACGGUUUCCUGUUACGAUACGCUGUGAUCAAAAGCAAUCACUCUUAUUGCCGAAUGUUCCUUCAGAGAGGGGCGGAUACAAACUUGGGUCGUUUAGAAGAUGGACAGACACCAUUACACUUGUCUGCUCUUAGAGAUGAUGUGCUUUGCGCGCAAAUGUUAUAUAAUUAUGGAGCAGACACUAAUACAAGGAACUAUGAAGGACAGACCCCACUGGCUGUUUCAAUAAGUAUUUCUGGAAGUAGCCGACCCUGUCUGGAUUUCUUACAAGAAGUGACAAGACAGCCCAGAAACUUGCAAGAUCUAUGCCGAAUUAAAAUCCGUCAGUGUAUAGGCCUUCAAAAUCUAAAACUACUUGAUGAACUACCCAUUGCCAAGGUCAUGAAAGACUACUUAAAACACAAAUUUGAUGAUAUCUGAUAUCCAUGAGGAGAAGGACUCUAAACAAGAUUAGUUAUAUUCCAGAUAGUUAGAGGCUGGUUGCCUUGCACAAAGUAUAUCCUAUGCAAAUUCUGAUUUUUCUAUGAAGUCAGAAGGCAGGUAUACACUUCCUUGGGUUUUUUUUAUACCACAUGCUAGAAGGUCUUAAUUUUUGGUUUCUUGGUCCAAGUUUACAAGGUCCAAGGUUUCUAUACAAUAUUACAUUUAAAACAUUUUGUUUUCAUUAAAUGAAGUGUGCAGCCUUGCAAUAGAGAUGGAACACGGUCUGCUCAAAGGAAGGAAGGAUUGGUUCUGGUUGGUAUGCGUGGUGUCGUAAGCCAGCUGAGCAGUUAUUUAAUAAAUGAGAUUUGGAAAUAAAGGCCCCAGUUCUGCCAAGGGACACGUGGGAAGAUCUUUGUUACUGCUGAUUGAUGGAACUUAUAUAGGCCUAAACCUCUGCCCACAUGUAUCCCUUUGCAGCUUCAAGACAGAGAUUGUAACCAAGAUGUGUUGGUACUGUAUAAAUGCCAUGUGGAAAUUUAAACAGAAAACAGUUGCCCUGCUAAAUUUUUAGGCAUAUAAAUUGGCACUUUUUAUACUGUUCUUUUUCCUAAUUACUCAAGUUUGGAUGUCCAAAUUCAGGUCCUUUUGCUUUUUCCUAUCAUUUCCCUGUAAAUGGGCUAUUGUUUAUAACGGCUGUUUUUAAAAGUGACAGUACGGUGCACAGAGUCAUAGUCUCUGUAUUAUUUUGACGUACAUUUAAGGGGAAGCCAGUGUAUUCCGUUUCUCAUGCAGUGCCUCCUGUGCAAUAAGUUUUCGGAUGUGCUUUGUCCAUUAUGUUCCUUACUUAGCCUCAAUGCAUUAUUUCUGAGGUUAGGGACUGCUGCCUUACCGUACGUAGCAUUGAUACUGCAAUGCUAUGAUGGCAUGGCAGUUAUUGUUUUAUAGUAAUCCCUGAAUUUCAUGAAUGUAUAACUUCGGCUAUUUGUAUUUCAGUUUGCGCUGAAAUUUCAUGUUCACUUUUUCAGGCCAAGUCUUUUCAAUGCCCAAGAUGUGGUAGAAUACUUUCCUUUUUUUUUAAGAGGGAUUACAGGUUUUUGGGGGGUAGGCUCUCAGUUGUUUGGGGUUUGUUCAAAGCUAAGUAGCCUCCGUUGAUAAGCUUCCAUUAGCUUGAUUUUCAUAUGUGCACUGACUAAAAAUGCUCCCCUUAGCAUUAAUAGUUUAAAUUUUGCAAACAGUGGUGGUAUGGAAAAAAGAAACAAUUUCUGGUUUUUGGCAGGUAGGCAGGGAAAAAACAGGGAAGAAUGUUACUUUUGUUCUGCUGUAAUGCUUUUGUUUGCUCGUUUCUGUCGUGCAGUAAGUGGAAGUGAAACGAAGGCAUCUUACUCCUGGAUUAAUUGGGGUUAAGUUACCAUGCUUUAAUUUCACAUGCUGCAGGAUAAGACCAGACGGAUGAAACAGUAAGCACCGCCCCCUUACAACAGUUUUAAUCUGUCCAUGUCCUAAAUCAGUUCUUAUUAAUCUGAAAUUAAUGAGUGAUACAAUAGCCAAAUUUUGCUGUCUCUGUGGGUUUGUUUGCUUGUUUUAAUCAUAAGCAUUAAUAAGAUCAAAUAAUGAAAAUGUUGCUGGUAGCGAGUGGAAAGUGAAGGCCUCAACAUUAAACAGGAAGGGGUCAAAUUUGCAGCCAUUUCAUGGUUCUUAUUGUCACAGGGUUGUGGAGUCAGUAUAAGGUUCUUGCCAAAAGUUUUCUUCUUUUGUUGUAUCGCUAUGCUGGUUUCAGAAGGACCCUUAUGAGUGAUACUUUCAUACCAGUGAGGUGUGUGGAUGUGGGGAGGUAAGAGAAAUGGUGUCGGCUUUUAAUUUUAACACCGCCACUUCCAAAAAGUUUAAGGGGAAAAAAAAAUAAAGGAAAAGCCAGAGAAGCAAGUCUGCUCAGAUUUACCAGUUUAUCCCUACCAGUUCAUCCUCGUUCCUUGAAACCAGGGAUUGUCACUUUUCUCAAGUACUCAACUUAUUGUUAAGGUUUCCACAGGAACCAUAGCAGCAAGGAUUAUCUUGCCCUUUUGUGCCUUGCAGGUUUCCAAACAAUGGGUUAGAUUUAGAGAUCUGUGGCUCUGAGGACGGGUAAUGAGAUUAGGAGUCUUUCCUCCCGAACUCAUCGAUUCAAAUCCAACCUCCUUCAGCAGUGGCCAAAAGUUAAUGUUGCAGCAGCCUGUAGGACUACUCUCCAUGCCGUACAGUCAAUGUACUUAUUAUGAAUGUAUAUCCUUGUUGGCAGCCUUGGCAAAAAGGCUAGAGAGUAACUGGGCAAGAUGAUGCUCCUCAUUACAGUGCUUCCUGCUCGGGCAUAGUGAAAAUGCAUUGGUGGUAUUUGUGCUGUGGAGAGGGAACUAGACUUCCUAAUGUAUCUUUUAAUGAACACUGAAAGGAGAAAAGAUCAGCCUCUUGGAUCUUAAGUUCCUAGGCAUGAUGAGUAAAGUUACAGGUGGAAUGAGCAGAGUUAAGGAGGAGAUGACAGCUUUUUAACUCUGAAUCUUCACUUCAGUGACAUAGAAACAGAACCUUAAUAUUAUUCAGAAGUUCUAAUAAAAAAAUACCGUAACAUUUAACUAUUUUCUUCUGAAAUUUGGGUUUAAAAACCAUUUUCUUCCCUGUUGUCAGUGAAGCUUCAUUUUUUUACAAUAAUCUUUUUCUAAGAUAACUGAGUAUUCUUGUCAAAGCCCACAUCAAGGCAUAUUGCUUGUUCUGUCUGCUGCUGUGACUUCAGAAAAUUAUGAAAGACCUUGUUGGUAACAGAAAUGCUAUUUAAUGAAGAAAUAUGUAAUUCCAUUAUUUAUUGUUUGAGGUUUGGGGGUUUUUUGUAACUGACAUUUUAAAGGGAACACUCUUAAAUUUUAGGCCAGUGCAAAGCCUUUCUUUUAUUUAAAAGAAAAAUGUUCAAAAUCCUUGCCCCUUUUAGUAGCAAAUCUACUAAGGACCUGAUCCUAAACCCACUCAUGUCAGUAGAGAGGCUGCUGUUGGGCUUGGAAUCUGGCUUUUAGGCCCUGAUUCAGCAAACUGCGCAGCAUGUGCUUAACUUUGAGCCUAUGAGUAGUUUUUUAUGACUUCUGUGGGGCUGUUUGUGUGCUUUUUUUAAAGUUUUAGCUCAUGCUUAAAUGAGUAAAGUACGGGGCUUAUCCAUCAUUCAGGCCUAACUAGGUUUGAAUGAUGUGGAUCUAUUCUUUUGUUGCUCCCUUAACUAGAUGCAACAUAUAAAAACUCAAACUGAAUUUGUUUUCUCCAUACUCUUUGGACUGGAAUGGGGCAGGAUAAAUGCAUAAUAUAAAUUUGUUACACAGCCUAGUUCCAUUUCCUUAUAAUUCAUUGUUCAACACUUUAUUAAACCUUUUAAAAAAUUGGCAAUACACCAAAGAAACAGACUAGUAAAAGAUUCUGAUCAUUAACAAACUGCAAACCUCAUCCUUUAAAAACAAAGCAGAAUUUUUUUUGUAAAUAUUUGUGUUUAUAAAUGUACAGCAGAGAGUAAGAGUGUGUUUUUUUUUUUUAGAUUAUUUAAUUACCAUAUUUCUAAACUAUUUACUACAUUAUAGACAAUACUCGUUAGUUUGCAAAACUUUUGAGUGUUUUGGUUUUUUAAUUCAUUAUCACUCAUGCUUGGAAUAACUCUGGCUUCCUCAGGACAGCGUGGAGAAUUUAGUUUUCUGGCUAUAGCAAGAUAAUGCAUCUGGACAAAGAGAAAUAGUAUAAUUAAGUUGUCAUACAGACACGCUGAAGCAAAAGAGAACACGUAGUGUGUUUUAGCAGAGUGGACCAUAUGGAAAUCUUGAUUCCUAACUCGUUCUCAUAAAAUCUCUCCAGAGCCCAAAGUGUCAUUGGGACAAGAGCAACUUACAAUUUGCCCACAAAACUAGCUUCAUGCAACUCUCUCUCACUGUGUUACCGGUAUCAUAAUGUAUUUUGUUCUUCCUUUGUAAUGUAAGUUUUGCUUUGGGUCAGUUUGAAUUUAAAAAAAAAUUGAAUCUGGUUAAAA